AUGGGGAUUAAUCAGAAAAUAGACUUUUCAGACCCCAUGUCACAGCCGAACUUGGAUGAAAUAAAGGAUCAGAUCAAGCGUGAAAUCAGAAAAGAACUUAAAAUCAAAGAAGGUGCUGAAAACCUCAGAAAAGUUACUACAGAUAAAAAGAACUUGGCUUAUGUGGACAAUAUUUUAAAGAAGUCAAAUAAAAAGCUAGAAGAGUUGCAUAAUAGUCUUCAGGAACUAAAUGCACAUAUUGUUGUGCGGGAAGCCGAGGAUCUUCCAGAUUGUCCCAAGACACCAGACACUCCGAAAAGUGACUCCGGCUCAUCAGCGCACAAUGGAAGGCUCAUAGCUUUGCAGAAGCAGUUAGACAUUGAGCUGAAAGUGAAGCAGGGUGCAGAGAACAUGAUACAGACCUAUUCUAAUGGUCCCUCAAAAGAUAGAAAGCUGCUUGGGACUGCCCAGCAAAUGCUACAAGACAGCAAAACAAAAAUAGAAGUAAUACGUAUGCAGAUUCUUCAGGCAAUGCAGCAGACAAAUGAAAUGUCUUUUGAUAAUGCAAAACCUGUGAUUAGUCCACUUGAGCUCCGAAUGGAAGAAUUGCGACACCACUUCAGGAUAGAAUUUGCAGUGGCUGAAGGUGCAAAAAAUGUUAUGAAGCUGCUCGGCUCUGGGAAAGUUACAGACCGGAAAGCCCUCUUCGAAGCUCAGUCAAGAUUUAAUGAGUCUAGUCAGAAGCUGGACCUCUUGAAGUAUUCUUUAGAGCAAAGACUUAAUGAACUUCCAAAAAAUCAUCCGAAAAGCAGUAUUAUCAUUGAAGAGCUCUCACUUGUGUCAUCUCCAACGUUAAGCCCAAGGCAAAGCAUGAUCUCCACACAGAACCAAUACAGUACACUGUCCAAGCCAGCUGCUUUAACAGGUACCCUGGAAGUCCGACUCAUGGGAUGCCAGGAUAUUCUGGAGAAUGUCCCUGGCAGGUCCAAAGCCACUACCACCACCCUCCCAGGCUGGAGCCCAAGUGAAACCAGAUCAUCUUUCAUGAGCAGGACGAGUAAAAAUAAAAGUGUCAGCAGUCGGAAUCUCCUGAAGACAGAUGACUUUUCCAAUGAGGUCUGUGCUGUUCUGAAGCUGGACAAUACCGUAGUCGGGCAAACCAACUGGAAACCUAUUUCAAACCAAUCAUGGGACCAGAAGUUUACGUUGGAGCUGGACAGAUCCCGAGAAUUGGAGAUUUCUGUGUUCUGGAGAGACUGGCGAUCUUUGUGUGCUGUGAAGUUUCUGAGGUUAGAAGAUUUCCUAGACAACCAGAGACAUGGCAUGUGUCUGUACCUGGAGCCACAGGGCACACUCUUUGCAGAGGUAACCUUUUUCAAUCCCGUUAUUGAAAGAAGACCAAAACUCCAGAGACAGAAAAAGAUUUUUUCAAAGCAACAAGGAAAAACAUUCCUCCGAGCGCCACAGAUGAACAUUAACAUUGCCACAUGGGGACGACUUGUCAGAAGGGCAAUUCCCACAGUUAAUCACUCUGGCACUUACAGCCCUCAGGUUACUGUUCCUGCUGCAGUGCAGGUUGUGGACCCACAGAGCGUGGAGCUAUCACCGUCAGUGAGGUAUGUGCUUUGUUAUGCUCUCUGA